GCUGCUGAUGCUGCGCGUGCAGAUGCGUUCGGGAGGCGCACGAGUCUGCUGCUGAGCCGCCCUGCUGGAGCGCGCGCUGGACGGGAGCGAGUCGGAACAACAACAACACAAAAAAAAAAACAUUAAAACAACUAAAAGGAAACAAAACAACAAAGAAGCAGCGCGAGGAGGAUCAGAGGAGGACUGAUAGUGAGUGUGUGCGCGCGCGUGCAUGCGUGUGUGUGUGUAUAUAUAUACAUUUAUAUAUAUAUUUAUGUAUAUAUGUGUGUGUGUGGUGCGCGCGCCUCGUAACGGAUUGGGUGCGUAUUUCUGAGCUCUGAGCGCCGCCGUCUCUGAGCAACGCGGACGCGGUGGGGCGCGAGAGGCUGUUUGUUCCAGGACGAGGAGACACGAGCCCAAGCCUGGGGAAAGGAGAGCCGGAGCCCGCUGGAGCCUAUCCCAUGCGGAGCCCACGCUGACGGUCCAGCCGCGAGCCGUGCUCCUGCCGCAGCACCGAGCAACUCAACUUCAGCACCGGAGAGCAGACCGUUGGUUUCGUCGGCGUGUUGAGAGAGAGCGCGCGCGCGCGCGUGGCUGCCCCUGCCUCCGCGUGCGUGCUGAGUGUGUUGUUGCGUGUGGUUGCAAGCGUGCGCGAGUGUUGGAAACGCAACGGCGUGGACGAUGCCGUUACACCUGCGUCCCUUUGUCCGCUGGAGAUGCAGCAUCGUGCUCGCGAGCCUCCUCUUCUCCUGUGCUGGCGGAGAGCAUGCUGCCACGGUGACGCACCCCCUCCCAGCAGGCUUCCCCCACUUCCUGGUGGAGCCAGAUGAUGUUUACAUUGUGAAGAACAAGCCGGUCACCCUCACCUGCCGCUCCACGCCCGCCACGCAGAUUUACUUCAAGUGCAACGGCGAGUGGGUGCACCAGGACGAUCACCUGAUCGAGCGCACCGUGGACCCUGCCACAGGUCUCCCUGUGAUGCAGGUGAAGAUUGACAUCUCCAGGCAGCAGGUGGAGAAAAUCUUCGGCCUGGAGGAUUUCUGGUGUCAGUGUGUGGCCUGGAGCACUACAGGAACCCAGAAGAGCCAAAAGGCUUACGUGCGAAUCGCCUAUCUGAGGAAAAACUUUGAGGAGGAGCCGCUGGGUAAAGAGGUGGCGCUGGACCAGGAGGUGCUACUCCGCUGCCACCCUCCGGAGGGCGUGCCAACGGCUGAGGUGGAGUGGCAGAGGAACGAGGAGCUGAUCGACCCCAAGGCUGACCCCAAUUUCUUCAUCACAGUGGACCAUAAUCUCAUCAUCAAACAAGCCCGGCUGGCCGACACCGGCAACUACACCUGCGUGGCCAAGAACAUUGUGGCCCGGCGCAAAAGCUCCUCGGCCGCCGUGAUUGUCUACGUGAACGGCGGCUGGUCCACGUGGGCCACCUGGUCAGCAUGCAGCGCCGUCUGUGGCCGCGGCUGGCAGAAGAGGAGCCGGAGCUGCACUAACCCCGCCCCUCUCAACGGAGGCACCGCCUGCGAGGGCCAGAGCGUCCAGACGAGCGCCUGCACGGCUACCUGUCCAGUGGACGGGGGAUGGAGCGAAUGGAGCAAAUGGUCGGCGUGUGGCACAGACUGUACCAUGUGGCGCAGCAGGGAGUGUACCCAGCCUGCCCCGGGCACAGGGGGCAAAUCCUGCCAGGGCCUGGACCUGCAGUCCCUUAACUGCACCAGUGAACAGUGCCCACAGACCGUGUCGGGUGCGGAGGACGUGGCGCUGUACGUGGGCAUCGUGGCCGUGGCCCUGUGUCUGACCCUGCUGCUGGUGGUUCUGGUUCUGGUGUACCGGAGGAAGAAGGCCGGGCUGGACGCGGACGUGGCCGACUCGUCCAUCCUCACCACUGGCUUCCAGCCCAUGGGCAUCAAGCCCACCAAGCCAGGUGUGUGGGCACCACACAGGGCAUCCCGCUGCAUAGAAAACUCCCAUCUGCUGACCAUCCAGCCGGACCUGACCACCACCACCACCAGCUACCAGGGCACCCUGCGCUCGCGCCACGAUAUGGCCCAGAAGUUCUCCGUGAGUAACGGCCCCCUGCUGGAGCCGCUGCCCAACGGAUCCCAGACGCUGCACAACGGCAAGCUGCCCGGCGAGCCCGGAGACUUCGUCAGCCGCCUGGCGUCUCAGAGCUACUUCAAAACCCUGCCCAGGGACACCGUCAACACGUCCUACGGCACCUUCAACUUCCUGGGCGGCCGCCUGACCCUCCCCAACACGGGGAUCAGCUUGCUCAUCCCCCCGGAGGCCAUUCCCAGAGGCAAGAUCUACGAGAUAUACCUCACCGUGCAGCGGAAGGAGGAUCUGAGGUUGCCCCUGGCUGGGUGCCAGACCCUGAUGAGCCCUGUGAUAAGCUGUGGUCCUCCAGGUGUGGUCCUGACCCGCCCGGUCAUCAUCAGCAUGGACCACUGCUCGGACGCCUGCCCUGAGAACUGGGCCAUCCGGCUGAAGAAGCAGUCCUACGAGGGAACCUGGGAGGAUGUGCUGCUGCUGGGAGAGGAGCUGGUGUCGGAGCCGUAUUACUGCCAGCUGGAGGCGGAGACGUGUCGGGUGUUCACCGAGCAGCUGGGCCGCUUCGCCCUGGUGGGAGAGUCUCUCAGCAUGGCCGCCGCCAAACGCCUGAAACUGCUGCUGUUCGCCCCCGCCUACUGCUCCACGCUGGAGUACACCAUCCGCGUCUACUGCACCGACGACACGCAGGACCUCAUCAAGGAGGUGAUGCAGAUGGAGGCGCAGCUGGGCGGCCGGCUGAUUGACGAGCCUCACGUGCUCCUCUUCAAAGACAGCUAUCACAACCUGCGCCUCUCCAUCCACGACCUGCCGCAGGCCCACUGGAGGAGCAAACUCCUCACCGGCUACCAGGAGAUCCCGUUCUAUCAUAUCUGGAGUGGUUCUCAGCGGUAUCUUCACUGCACGUUCACGCUGGAGCGGCUGAGUGUGAGCACGUGCGAGCUGUCCUGCACGCUGUGUGUUUGGCAGGUGGAGGGAGAAGGCCAGAGCUUCAGCCUUGACUUCAAUAUCUCCAAGGACAACAGGCCGCUGGACAGUGAUUUCCUGCUGGUGGAUAACAGCACCCCGGCCUUGGCGGGUCCCAGCGCCUUUCAGAUCCCGUACCUCAUCCGGCAGAAAAUCUGCAGCAGUCUGGACGCGCCCUGUCCCAACGGCUCCGACUGGAGGCUGCUGGCCCAGAGACUCAAGCUGGAGAGGCACAUGAGCUUCUUCGCAUCCAAAGCGAGUCCGACGUCAGUGAUCCUGGACCUGUGGGAAGUGCAGCACUUCCACAGCGGAAACCUCAACCAGCUGGCGGCGGUGAUGGCCGAGAUCGGCAAACAGGAGGCCAUGAUAUUCCUGGUGUCGGAUGGGGAGUGCUAACACACACACACACACACAUACAGUAUAAACACACAUACCUAUAUACAUAUAUACACACAAAGACAGACAGACAGACAGACAGACAGAUCCUCUGGGUGGUGGGUGCAGGAGGGAUCAGUGAUCUCCGAUUCCUCCAUAGACCAGAGAACCAAUCAGAGACGAGACUCAUCUCAGAACAGGGUUAACCCACCAUGCAACGCCCACACACACACACUCUUACAACACACACACACUUAAACACACACACACACACAGUACAUUUUCGUCCGAGCACGAUGUAUAGAGAACACCCAUAACAACGCUGUUGUUCUGGCCCCAUCUGUAUUCACGUUCGACCAAUCAGUACGUCCGUUUUACCCACUGUAGCGUCAGGCACUUUUCUAUGCCGUUUGUACUGAAAACUGAAAAAAAGCCAAUAGCGGAGAAAUGGACGCACUCGCUCAGACAUGGCAUUUAGCAAUAUGCAAAGGUUUUCUGUAAAUCGAUGAGAAAAUUUCACGAGGCCACGCAUUACCUCACAGAGCGUCCACCGAAAAUCUUAUCUAUUAAACCUACAGUAAGUAAGAGUAACUAUUAAAACCUGCAUAAAAAAGAUAGAUACAGAUGUAUAUAUAUAUAUAUAUAUAUAUAUAUAUAUAUAUAUAUAUAUAUAUAUAUAUAUAUAUAUAUAUAUAUUUGCCAGGGGUGGAAAUAUAUAUAUAUA